CGGAAGUGACGUCGGACUAUGCGACAUGACGCACGCGGGGCAUAGUCGGGAGCAGCCGUGAGUGAGCAUUGCCGCAAAAUGUUGCUAGCGCAGCUGAUUUUCGUCUCCUGUUCGCGGUAGACAGACCGAAGCAUCCUCCUUCACCACUAUCCUCACCACAAAAAGCACAGCGCUCAGUGUGCUGCUUAUCGCGUGCGUCACAAUGUGUGCAAAACGUGUGAAAGAGGAGGAAGUUUGUGGAGUUAAAGAGGAAGAGUUCGAGGAGGAAGUUUGCGGAGUUAAAGAGGAAGAGUACGAGGAGGACGUUUGUGGCGGCGUUACAGAGGAGAAGGAGACGCAACUCCUGGACGCCCGAGUUGCGCUCCACGGAGCAGACAGGAAGAGAGGUCGUUCUUCGGACAUGUGGGAAUACUUCAGUCUGAUCACCCCCGAUAAGGUCCGGUGCUUGGUGUGCUCGGCCGAACUCAAGUACCACGGCAAUACGUCGUCCAUGGUGAGGCACUACACGGCCAGGCACGGACCCGCUCUGAAACAGGUCACCGCAACGGGCCGCAAGCAGGAGCUGGACGAAGCGCUGGCCAACAUGGUGGUGAAAGACUGGCAACCUUUUUCCGUGGUGGACGACUGCGGCUUCAAGGCGCUGGUGGCGUCGCUGGAUCCCGCCUACGUGCUCCCGUCCAGACGGGCCCUCAAGAAGAUGGUGCUGGAGAAAUACGAGGAGGAGCGGAGCAAGGCCGAGGCGGCCGUGCGCCAGGCCGAAGCCGUCAGCCUGACCGCCGACACGUGGAGCUCGGUGGGGGCGGACGCCUGCCUGGCGGUGACCUGCCACUUUCUGGACCAGGCCAUGAGAGUGGCCACGGUGCUUCUGGGCGUGCGGCCUCUGCCGCAAUCGCACACGUCCGGUCACGUGGCCGACAGCUUGACGGCGCUCAUGGAGGAGUGGGCCAUCGAGGGCAAGGUGACUUCCAUCGUGACCGACGCGGCGCCCCAUAUGGUGGCCUCGGUGCGCGAUCUCAAUUUGAGACACGCGCUCUGCUUUGCCCGCUCGCUCAAUUUGGUGGUCAAGAAGGCUCUGGACGCCACGGCGGGCCUGCAAGAGCUCCGCGGCAGGGCGCGCCGCCUGGUGGCUCUCUUCAAGAGCAGCGCCGGCGCCAGAGAGAAGCUGAGACAAGCGCAGGCGCAGACGGACGCUCCGGCCGCGCCGCUCGUCCAGGAGGCGGACGCGCGCUGGACCAGCACCUUCCUCAUGCUCCAGCGCCUCUCGGAGCAGCGACGGUGCGUGGGCGCGGCGCUCGCCGGGCUGGAAACGCCGCCGCUGUCCUCUCAGGACCACGAAACAGCGGCCGCGUGCCUGCACCUGCUGGCGCCCUUCUACCAGGCCAGCCUGGAGAUGGCGCAGGAGAAGAGACUGUCGGCCUCCAAGGUGAUCCCCAUCACAAAAAUGCUGCUGCUGCACUUGCACGAGGCCAACGAAAAGACCAGCCACGCCACGGCCAAGCAGCUGGCGCACAACCUGCUCUCCGUCAUGCAGGAAAGGUUCGACACGCUGGAAAGCCAGACGGCCUUGACCCUCUCCACCCUGCUGGAUCCCAGAUUCAAAACCUUUGGCUUCUACGAUCAAGCGCGCGCGCAGACCUCGCUCAAACGCCUGGCGGCCCAGUGCUCGCAGGUCAUCAUGCGCGCGCCCGCCGAAGAGCGGCCCUUUGCGUCGGCGCCCUCGUCGCCGGCCAACGUCGCCGGUAUCGACCUCUGGGAGAGCCUGGACAGAGACGCCUCGGAAGCCAUGCGGCGGUCGCGCAACGCCUCGGUGGACGCCACGCUGGAAGUGCAGCGCUACGUGAGCGACCCGCCCCUGGGGCGAGCGGAAGACCCGCUGGCCUACUGGCUGAGCCAUCGCAACGUUUACCCGCAUCUCUUCCGGCUGGCCAAGCAUUUCCUGUGCACGCCGGCGUCGUCGCUUCCUUGCGAGCAGGUCUUCUCCAAAUGCGGAGAACUUGUGAGCAGGAAGAGAAACCGACUCAGCCCCAAAAGUGUGGAAAUCGUCACGUUCCUCAAUCAAAGUCUCUGAGCGGCCGGCCGGGCGGAUGAUGGCCAUUUUCUAAAUGCAAUUAAAUGUAGUGUUUCGAGAAGU